AUGGUUUGUAAACUGCAUGGAAAAGUAUGCGCAGUUUUUGGAGGAUCCCGAGGAAUCGGUAAAGCCGUAAGUAAAGUUCUUGCCAGUCGAGGAGGAAAUGUUGCUGUCUUAUCAAGAGACAAAAAUCGUGCAGCUGAAUGUGUGCGUUGUUUGCAAGCGGGUAGCACGUCUCUUCAAAAACAUGUCAGCUUGAACUGUGAUAUUGGCUGUUAUAAAUCAGUACAAAAUUCCGUACAAGAAAUCCAAAACCUUCUGGGGCAAGUUAGCAUUCUUGUAAACGCGGCAGGAGUGAAUUACGACAACUUGUUGCUCAGAACAAAACCAGAACAAAUGCAGAGUAUGAUAAAUACGAACCUUAUUGGAACAAUGUAUACUUCGCAAGCUGUUCUAAAACACAUGUUGAGAGAAAGAGACGGUGUUAUUAUUAACAUUGGUAGUGUGGUGGGAAUGAAGGGAAAUACAGGGCAGUGUGUUUACGCUGCUUCAAAGUCAGGUAAUAUAUACUUUAUUAUUAAUUUAUUAUAAGAUUAUGCAUGGUUCAAUUUGACCUGUUACCACUCCCCUACGGGACAAGUCCAGCUUUUCGGGCCCGGCGGUGGGAAAUUGUGUGAAGCGGUGCUGUGCCAGGGGUAGAGGGUGGGGUGGAUCAAAGAUAACUUCUCUUUGAUUUUGUAAAGUAUGUGUCAUUCCUUGCGCUGUUUGCAUGACACAGGAAUUUGUCAACGAGUGGUUGGAGAGGAAAAACCUAUCAAAUGUUAAGUAUGUAUUUGAGGGUAUGUUUCAAAAUUUCAAACAAGUGUAGGUUUGAUGCGUACUCAAAUGGCUUUUUUUUCUUUUUUUUGCAAAAGAAGCAAAGAAAUAUUUCUUCAGCCUUGUUUAAUAAGAAGACAACAUAAAUAGACUGUACUAAGAAGGAUACUAGACUUUUAAUAUGUAUACAUAGAUAACAGAGAUUUACUUUUUUCUUUGCGCUUUUCCAUUUUCAAAUUUAUCGUUCAUGUUUUUCCCGCAUUAUACACUUAUUAUCCUUCUCUAAAUAAACUCUAGAAAACAUUUAUAAAAGUUAUGAAAAUGUCAAAAUGUCUCAUUUUGCUAUUUUACAGAAAGCAAUAUUGAUCCCAAAAAGAGGUACCCAAAAAAUACCUUUAUGAGGUCGAUCAGGAACUCGGGGGUGGGGAAAUGUCUCUAUUUGCGUGCCCAGGGGUGGGGAAUAGACCACCAGGAAAGAACAAAUUUGCAAAUCUCCAGGGGUGUGCCGGGGGGUUGGGGGGGGGAACCAUGCAUUACAUCCAAGGGGGACUCUCUUAUUUGGACUAUAUGGGUAUGAGCCAAUACACUAGUGUGACGUUAGAGUGACAAGAAAAUAAGCUAUUUAUCCUUGACUUUUGUAUUUGUAUGUGUUUCUCACUAACAAUAAUGUGCAUUUGAUUAUAUCCAAUGCAACAAUGACAUUAUUUCUUGUCACUGAAAACUGUCAGUAUAGAAUGUGUAUAAUUUUAGGUACAAUGUAAUCCUUUAAGUCUUAUACAAGACUGACACUUUCACUCACCAUAUUACCUGGAACAAGAUUAUUUUCCUAUAUUUGCUGUAGGAAAUUAUGGUAUUAUAUAGAGAACACAUUUACAUGGUCGAGUAGAGGUAUGAAAUUUCUCUUCAAGUGUUGAAAACAUUUUGUGAGUGAGCACAGAGAACAAGAAAGUGAAAUAUUUUUCACACGAGAGGCAAUUUGCUACCUCCAAACGGCCAUGUAAAUGUUCUAUUUACUGUAUAAACACCAAUGAAAUACCAAACCAUGUUCGUCUAGUAUUUUUUCUGCAGCAAAAGGCACGAUUUUUUCACUUAGCUAUAACAAUGGUGAUCUUUUCCCAUGUGAGGAUCUGACACAUUAUUUUCACGUGUGAAAUUCAAGAUAUCUUGUUUUUGUGCAAAAGCUCACCUGGUAUUGCAUUGGUGGUCAUAAUAAAUCAAAAUUAUUUCAUUUAGGCCUUAUAGGCUUCACUAAAUCAUUGGCCAAAGAGGUUGCCUCACGAAAUGUUAGAGUGAACAUGGUUGCACCGGGAUUCAUAGAGACAGACAUGACUUCAAACUUGAGACAACAGAACUCAGGAAUUGAGACUUUGAUUCCACUCAGAAGAUAUGGAACAGUCCAUGAGGUUGCAGAAACAGUUUGCUUUUUAGCAGAGACACCUUACGUCACAGGACAGGUACGAUCACCCUUAAAACUUAUUUGUUGUUGUACCCUCAGCGAGUUAGGGUUCCAAGGCAGUGGUCAAAACCAGCAUGCUUUAGAAUUCAUACAAAUUAGUCUCCUUAGGUCACUUAUUUGCAAUCUAUCAGGUUAACGUAUCUUGCACAGCUUGAUCCGUGGAACUUGUUCCGAGUGUCUGUCUCUGAAGUGUCUUCUUAACAUGUGCGACGAUAAUGUGAAAGUUAAACAGGAUCAAUUUCUCACUUAUAUCCUUGCUAUUAAGUCUCCACGUCAAUUGCAUUCAUAGGCGUACGGGCCGGGGGGGGGCAAGGGGGGCCGCAGCCCCCCUCCCCCCCCCAAAUUUUGGGCAACUCAGAUUUUUUGGGCAGCGAGAGAAAAUUUGGGCAAAGCCAGUUUUUUAAGACGUUUCCGUGAUUUUAAAUCAUUAUUUUGAAGAGAUAAAUAUUUUCUAUUUUAACCUGAAGUUGGCGUAAUAAUCCACUACUGUUACAUUCACAGGAGACUCAUUGCCUAGCACGUAAUGAGUUUCUGGUUAUAAGGGAAGGGUAUCAUGUGCUGAUUUUUUUUGUUGUUGGGCACUGUACUGCAAUGGGCCAUUUCCAGUGGUGAAUUGAUUAGAAUAAACUUCCGCCUAACUUUCUAGAAUCAUCUCCGCUCGUAGAACAGUGUAUGGCAGAUAGCAUCAGCAAUGGGUCUGAAAGUGAAGAAGUGGCUGACUAAUUCUCAGUUUGAAUUACGCGAAGAAUCUUAAUUUUUUUUUAAAAAAUUUAUUGAGUGGUUUAAAAAUUAUUCACUAAUUUGUUAAAGUAGACCGAAAUGUUUACAAAACUGCUAACAAGAGUGCCAUGAUACAUACUACUCAAAUCCUUUUUUGUAGCAAUUGGCCAGAGCUAUCUCCAUGAUCUUUCACCCACGUUUUUCAAAAGAUUGAAACCAGUAUGAGGUGAAAUUGCAUGUCAAAAGUGCUUCAUUUUCUACAGAUAACGGCAAACAUCAAGAUUUUCCUUUUUUUACCGUAUUUCUAACGAUGAAAACUUUAUCCCAAAAUAUCUCCGCAACGCUGUUACAGAUUCCGUUUUAACUUCACGAACAUCGAGUCAAUUAUUGGAGGAAAAUGCUCCCGUGAACGAUUUUGGAGCAGUUCCCAGUGAGAAAUGUUGCUGCAGGUAUAAUAGGUAAUGGCGUCAUUUUGUUGCUAUGACAACUCCGAUGUUAUUGCAACCCGGAUCAUAACAAAUGUUCAUCUUUAUCUAAUACAACUGUGGUGGUAAUUUUUCCAAAUGUUUGUUUAUGGUGGCGUAAUCUAUGCUCAAAAAAACUUCACAGGUAUUGACCCUGAAAAACUGUAUUGAGCCACCUUCAUAUGCUAGUACGGCCUAUGUUGUUGCAUCGUUUCUGUUCAACUGUUUUUGUAAAAAUUUGGGCAACUUACAAGAAUUUUAUGGGCAAAUGGUUUACUGCCCCCCCCCCUGGCAAAAAAUUGCCCGUACGCCUAUGAUUGCAUGUCAUCAAACUUUUUUGUCUUUUUUCUUUGCAUCCUCAAUUCUUAAUGAUUGUUCCCCACUGAGUGGCAGUCGCUUUUUAGUCUUCUAUUAACUUCUCUCUCUUUUUUUUUUCAGGUUUUAUUGGUUGAUGGAGGAUUAGCACUAUCACUGUGAAAAGAUUAAUGUUCUAUUUGGACAUGGAAGCCAUGCUUUCUUGACCAAAUACAAACAACUUUCAACUUUCCCAUCUGAUGUUAGAUUGUUGGGCUCCUUAUUUUGCCAAUAAUUAUGCCUUUGUUCUUGGACAUGGUGCUGACCAAUAAUAUUGUGGCAUGAAGAAUGAGAUAUCCCCUUAGUCUCAUCUGGUCUUGAAAAAUAUGUAGACUGCUUUCUAGCCUGUGUAGCAAGCGCUUCCACACGAGUUCAUUAAGAAAGUCCUGAAAGUCUUCCAUUUUUACAACUUGCUUGCAUUGAUCGGAAACACUUGCUACACAAGCUAACUCCUUUUAUAUGGGUUAUCUUUGAAAUUGUCAUCAUCCUUUGUCACUCAAUAUAAUAUUAUUUGCCUAGCACAAGCAAGAAAUUUGAAUUUGCUUAAGAAGGAACAGAAUGAGACGGGGGCUCAUACCCAAAAAGGAAAACCAUAUUUUCUUUAUCCUAAUAUCCCAGGGUUUGUACAGAUGUUUCGAUCCAAAAUCCAAGACUUUUUCCAGACUUUUUCCCAAAACAAUAAUUCCUUUUUUCCAGACUCAAGGUUAUCAAAUAGGUGAUCAAUAGAGACCUUUAAAAAAGCAGGAACAAUGGUUUUUUCAUGGUGUUCUGCAGACAUAUGGGUGAGAUUGAAUAAGAUUUGACCGAAACCAAAAAAGCACUUGUCAUAGCUUAAAAAACUCAAGACUUUUUAUCAUUUUUUCCAGACUUUAUCCCCAUUUUCCAGACUUUUUCCAGGUCUGGAAAGUUGCUGGGCAAAUUUCAAGACUUUUUCAAGAAUUCAAGACACUAUUCGAACCCUGUAACCCCCUAUAAGACCCUGCUUUUGCUCAUGCUCACUUAGGUAAAUUUAUAGACACAAGACGAUCAGACUGCAAGCAGUGAUAUCUACUAGACAAUUAUUGAUCAAAAUGUUGGGACCCCACUUACUCAGGAACAUACCAUUCAGGGUGGAUCUGUGUCACUGUAAGCUAAUAAAAAGACACAAAUAUGUACGCUUAAUAGUGACGACCAAUGAAGGUUUUAUUCUCUUACUACAAACGGUCGGGACACAUUACAGAGUGGUCAUGCUAGGGUAAAAUUCCAACAAGCGAUAUGACCUUAAAACAGUGAUGUAAAACAAGUGGAAAGGCUGACAAAUGACAUUAAGAUGGGUUGAAACUGCGACAAGAAAUUGAGAAAGUUGCAAAUACAAUAGUAAAAUAUCGUCAAGGAUAUGGCUUUCUCGUCUUAUAAGGCGACAGGUUAGAAAUUUACGCUAGGGACAUAAGUACACCCCCACCCCACCCCCAACUAAGAGUACCUCUUAAGAACAAGCCCGUUGUUUAUCAUACGGAAAAACCAUGGAUAAUAGAAAGACAGUCUUUCUAUUAUCC